AUGUCAGAAUUUACAGUAACCUGAGAGUUACCUUCCUGUGAUGUUGGUUUCUCAUGGUGCUUCCACUUUCGUUAACUAUCAAAUUUUGCAUGCAAAAAUUACAUUACUGCUGCAGUCGUUAUGAAUUAAACAUUUAACAAUGUCUAGUGGACUUAAGAUUCUUUAGUUUUUUUUCAGUCUUAAAGAGUAACAGAGGUGACUUCUUUGUUGGCGGCUGCUUGCUUGCUUUCGUCGUACUAUUUACCAUUAGCGAGUGCUGACUGUCAAAGAUGAAAUGAAUAGACAAAAGAUAUAAACAAGAGGAAUAAAUGGCGAAGGAAGUAGAUUGUACCAAUGCUUCCCGUCCUGUUUGGCUGGUCAAAGUUCCAAAGUAUUUAGCUGCUGUAUUCAACAAUGCAGAUGAGUCAGGAUCAGUUGGAACACUUUAUAUAAAUAAGAAUCCUAAAGACAAAGAGGUUGUAUUUCAACUGACUGAGAAUCUUGCACAGUCAAGCUCUGACAAUACACCUAAUGAAUAUAAAUUAAAUUUAUUGGAAGAAGAACAAAGCAGAGCUGUUAUCUUAGAAAAAGUAAAAACAGAUACAGGUGAUGAUAAAAUGGCAGGUGUUGAUGAUGAUGAAGAAAAACAAAAAGUUGAUACAUAUCUGGAAGGUAUUGUUGCAAAGCGAGGAGACUUCAGAGCUACUCAUACCCCACAAUAUAUGAAUUUGAAAAGAAAUAGCAUUCUUUCAGCCAUAGCACCAUCACGUAAAGUUCAACAACUUCAGAAUGUUGUUUCAAAUGUAUACAAACCUAUUUCACAACACAAGCCUGAUGAGGAACAUGAAAAGAGGAAAAAACAAGAAGGCAAAAGAGCAAGGGCUGACAAAGAUUAUGUUCUGGAACUUUUAUUCAAAGCAUUUGAAAGACAUCAGUAUUAUUACAUGAAAGACCUGAUCAAGAUCACUCAGCAACCUUUGGACCAUUUAAAAGAAAUUUUGAAGAGCAUAUGUAUAUAUAACACAAAAAACCCUCACAAAAAUAUGUGGGAAUUAAAACCCGAAUAUAGACAUUAUGAUGAGAAAGAAACAACAAUUGAAUGAAGUCUUAAUGUGCUGCCUUAGUGGAGUGCAGCUAUGAUCACUAUGUCUCAAGCAAACAAUUUUUACAUACUAAAUAUGAAAAGUAAAUAGUUCUUGAUUGUUCCUUAACUGUAUAAGUUUAACCCUUUUACUCACGAAGACACACACAUAUAUAGUAUAUAUAGUUUAAAAAUAAAAGUUUCUUCGGAUUUUAUAAAUAAUUUAA